AUGACACAAGGUAAAAUUAUUAACAUAGGUAUAAUUGGUGUAGGUGAAGUUAGUCAGGUUGUACAUAUACCAACGUUUGGUUAUUUGUCUGAUAAGUUCAAAAUCACCUACCUUUCAGAUUCUUCUGAAGAUGCUCUUGAAUUUGCUAUGAAGAGAGUCAACGGGUUCAGCUCUGGUGAUGUGAAAACCACUCAAGAUUCAUUAGAGUUGAUUUCAUCCAAAGAUGUUGACAUUGUGUUAAUAGCUACACCAGAUGAAUAUCAUGUUCCUUUGGCAAUUGAGGCAUUGAAGAGAGACAAAUUCGUUCUUGUAGAGAAACCAGUUGCUUUGACGGAUUAUCAAGCAACAUGUCUUCUUGAAGCUGAAAGAGAGUCUAAGGGUAAAGUUUUUAUUGGUUACAUGCGAAGAUAUGCACCAGCAUUUGAUCUAGCUAUGGAGGAAAUUAGAGGUAUCAAAAAUAUCAAGUUUGCUAGAGCGCGUGAUAUUAUUGGUCCAAACGUAAAUUUCGUGAAUGAAUCUGGUACAUUUCCUAAAAGUUUCAAAGACUACUCGCAAGAAAGUGUAGACGAUAAAAAUGAGAGGGGACGGCUUCUUGUUACCGAGGCAUUGGAAAGAGAUAUCGGUCUCAAAGAAUAUGAUCAAGCUGAAAAAAGAGGAUGGAGGCUUUUAGGUGGGCUUGGGUCCCAUGAUAUUUCCCUUUUGAGAGAAGCUUUGGGUUCUCCAAUUGGUUAUAUAGGUGCCAAAAUUAAUCCACCAUUUGUGAAUGCCUUAUUAGACUAUGGUGAUUUUGCUGUAUCCUAUGAAACUGGUAUUCAUCAAGUCUCCGAGUUUGAUGCCCAUUUAGAAGUUUACGGUGAAAACAAAAUUGUGAAAGUUCAAUAUAACACUCCAUAUGUUAAAGGCUUACCAAUCACUCUUGAGAUCAGGGAAAACAUUGAUGGUCAAUUUUUCACUAAAGUUAUCAGACCUACAUUUGAAGAUCCAUAUACUAUUCAAGCAAAUAAGCUUUAUAGAGUUUUCACUCAAGGCGAAGACUUCAAGACAACAGCAAAUGAUGCUGUGCUUGAUUUGGAAAUUUUCAAAGGUAUCAUUAAAGCUUCUAAUGAUUAUAAAUUUAAAUAG